UUUCUGGACCAGUGUUCACCCACUUGAAAACUGGAGCAGGGCACCGGCUGGAUACAAAAUCAUCUGGGGUGUUUGUGCUUGGUGUGGGUCGUGGAAACCAGCUGCUUGACGAGGUGCGCGAUGCCCAUCUCAGCAGGACCUACACAGUUCGUGGCCUGUUUGGCAAAGCGACUGAUGACUUCUCGGAUACAGGCAAACUGAUAGAGAAGACAACAUUCGAUCACAUCACCGGGGAGAAGUUGGAGCGAAUUCUAUCUGUUAUCCAAGGAUCCAAUCACAAAGCUCUCUUGCAAUGUGCUAACAUUGACCUGAAAACACAAGAGGCCUAUGAGCUGGCGGUCAGAGGGUUAAUUCGACCAAUGGAGAAUAGCCCUCCCCUGAUCACAGCCAUUCGAUGUCUCCAGUUUGCACCACCUGAGUUCCACUUAGAAAUCCACUGUUUGCAUGAGACCCAGCAGUACCUCAGAAAAAUCAUUCACGAGAUCGGAUUGGAGCUGAAGUCAACCGCUGUAUGCACGCAAGUACGCAGGGUCCGGGAUGGGGCUUUCACUCUGGAUGAUGCCCUCCUGCGGACGCAGUGGACCCUCCAUAACAUCCGGAAUGCAAUCCUGCGGUCCAGACUGAAAGUCAAAAUGGCGCUUCGAGACAGCAUGGCUUACCAGGAGAUCUGUGCUGGCUCCGAGCGAGAGAGAGAAGCCGGGCUUGUCUCAGGCGAUGGGAGACGAACAGCAUAGCGAAGGGGCGACGAUGCCAAGGCAACAGGCUCGGUGACAAAAUUAGCAUCUUGUACUUCUUCCAAGUGCCGGCAAGAAAAGAAUAUUGCUUCUCACCUGGAGCUUUGAGGCUGGCUGUUCCGUCUCAAGCUGUAGAAAGCGCUAAUUAGGCGGCUUUACAAAUACUUGAACAUCGUAGUUUGGUAUGGGAUCCCAGUCCCAAGUGUGGUCUUUCUAGAAUUCUGCUAACUUCUAUAUUCCAACAGAAGCAUUUAUAAAGCCGGGCGGUGGCCUGCAAGAAGCAUCGCCCUGCAUGAUCCCUUAAGUACAUCACAGAAAAACAUCCCUGCAUUCCUAUUGCAAAAUGCUGGAUUCGUUAUUUCCACUACAAAGAUAAAUGUCAA